AUGGAUGGUCUAUAUUUUGAUACAUUUGGCGAAUGCCCGAUCGACAGCUCUAUUCCGACUGAUAUUCAAAGCGGUUACUCGUCUUGUUCUGAGGCAGAAGAGAUCCCUUGUCCUAGAUGUCUGAAAACGCGCGGAAAGCUUUGCCGGAAAUGCAAGCUUAGGUUUCACGCUCGUGGUGAUGCCAAAGGGAAUGCCAAAUCAUCGUUAGAGCUCGUCUCAAACCAGAAACCAAAUAUGUCAGAUGACCAUACCGCGGGACAAUAUCUAGAAAGCCUUGGGCUAUCGAAAAUUAAGAUGCCGCAUCGGCUGUCGUCAGAUAGUUCGCCCACUAAAUAUGACGAACCUACGCAAGCUGAUAAAAAGACGUCACAGUAUAUGAUGUGGGGGGAGAGUAGCGGCGAAAGCUAUAGGAGACGAACCAACAGAGAACGGAGCUUUAACAAAUACCCGGAAUGGGAUCAAGUAGGGUACGUGGAGUCGAGAUACAGCGUAUAUCAAGAAUGGAACCGAAAGGGAACCCAGGAAUGGAGCUACAGCAAGUAUGAAGAAUGGCACCAACGGGACUAUGGGCAAUGCUGGCGCAAUCAACAUGAGUACCGGUCGAAGCGAUAUCGAGAGCGUAGUCACUUCAUCCAGGGAAGAGCACUACAGCCCUGUCAGAUCCGGUCGAUGAAGCCGAGCGUUGAUCGCGACGAGCCGCGCUACAUGGCUGAGAUAUGGCAAUAUACUUCUGGAAAUCGAGCGUCAAUAGAGUAUGUGCUACGCAGCGAAAGCUAUACCUCAAAGUCCCUGGCGGGUACCCUUGGUUUAUACUUUCGAGAUGGGCUGUAA